UGAGGGUGGUGGAGAAAAACUACACUGAACUUUUGUUGGCACUGAAUGUCAAACUCAGUUGAGUGCGAACAGUUAGACAUUGAGCUAGUGGAAUUAUUCUCGAGUGUACAACUCAAAGAAACCAUAUGUCUUUUUUGAUAUCAUAUAGAUGGCUUUAGUUUGUGUUUAUGUAAUUAUUCAGUGGAGUUAAGAGAGACCAACCCAUAUGGUAGGUGUAUGACAUCAUAGCCAGGACGGAUACCCACAGCGUCGAGCAAUACGGGUAUCUUUUUGUACACACUUGCCUCAGUGAAGUUUCAACAGAGUGAGCUGACAUUUUGUUACGGGUUGUUUUGCUUUUUGACGGUGCUGGUGGCUUUAGUGUGUAUUUUAAAAUUUCUGAGAUGAAUCAUCAGUUAAAAUAUAUACAUUCUGGGAUGUAGUAAUUUCCUGACUCGAGUUAUUUGAAACAUUCUUAAAGUACAACUGUAAAUCACACGGAGCAGAAUACGUUAGAACACUGUGAACCACCGGGAACUCUGAGGUGUGUUGUGUUGGGGGUAUAACACUUUGGAUAGGACGACAACACAAUCAAACAGGGGGAGAUACGUCGUGGUUGUGAGACGUAAACAAAUACAUCAUCAUGAAUGGCUCUAAUCAUGGUUCGUUUUUUUACUUCGGUUCGGAGGUGACAAUUCUUUUUGACGGGUGGCACGUGACCACAACAGCAGGUCUUAUAGGUAGCUGUGCCAUCGUUCUUAUUAUUGGGUUUGUUUUCGAAGUCCUCAAAACCUUCCGGGCUCUUCACAUCCGGAAUGCCGCCAUCAACGUUAGACAUCGGGAAAUCGCCAAGGAGAAUGAAAAAUCACAAAUUCUGGAAAAGCAUGCAGAGGGGGAAAUCGCGAUCCUGAGUUGGCCCCACGUAAUCCAAACCCUCCUACAAGUUUUACUCACUGGGAUUGGCUACAUCCUUAUGCUAAUUGUUAUGACGUAUAACAUGUGGUUGGUUAUCAGCGUUCUGAUUGGCGUAGGUCUGGGCUACUUUGCAUCUGCUUGGAAGAGACAUAUAGCCGUCGAUACUCAGGAGACAGCCAAAGAGUAGACUGGUGCCCUGUCUUUAUCCACAUAAACAGAACUUGCUCUUCACUCUUCACUACGUUGGAUGCAAUGAUUUAAUUGGAUAAACGUGCAGUGAUGUAAGCUUUCUAUCUGUGUUUUGAUUGGCUCGAGGUGACGUUUGGCAGCAGCAC